ACGUGUGUGGCUCUACGCGCAACUGACGUUUGCAGGAUACCCCCCAGAUCAGGGAAAAUUGAGAGAAUUCAUUUAUAAUCUCUCAUCGAGAUUAAUUGUAGCGUCAAAGUGCAGCGUCGCGGCCUGAAAAGUUGAGUUUUAUAGCAAAUAAAUAAUAGUAAAUGCCACUGUGGUCAGAAUGUAUUAUUCAUUACUCAUCUCUGUACGACACAUAGCUUCGUUUUUAAAAUUCAAAAUAAUACCACGUGACUACAUUUAACGCUAAAAAUCUGCGUCAAGCGUCAGCAUUAAAUUGCACCUGAAGUAUAUUUUUUGAUUUACGUAUCCGUACCGACAUAAUUCGAAUAGAUUAACGACUUAUAAUGCAUCAUCCUAGUCAACGAUUAGAUUGUUCAGAUUUUUGUCACCAUCAAGAUCGGUCCAAAUAAUAUUUCAACUUCUGCUCGCACCCAGAAUUAGAAGGCGCAUGUCCUAUCUGCUUGGUUAGAAAAAGUUCAAGUUCAAAGGAAGUUCAAAAGUGAUAAAACCGUCGAUAUUUUUUUGAGUACUUCGUUUCUUCUCGACUAACAAGGAUGGAAUACCCAGCUACUCAAAUGUUUGUCAACGAUGACGAGAACGAGGAGAGUGAGGAAGAGAACGAUACGAGGUCACUUUCACACUCUGAAAACAACAAGAUUGGAGAACUCAUCAUUGAUUCAGUCAGUCACCCUGUUCAUCGAGGUGUCAACAAAGUUGGUCGAAUCGACACCUGCAGUAUUCUCAUUGAUCAUAAUACUAUAUCAAAGGAGCAUGCGGAAAUUGAGGCAGGUACAGGGUUGAAAUCGAUUUUCAUCUGUGACCUGGGAUCACUGAACAAAACCAGACUCAACGACGCAGUUUUGCGCCCACGUAGAUUGUAUCAACUGCAAGAUGGAGAUGCACUCAGGUUUGGUUCCGUCCAUGCGGUUUUCAAAUCGGAGGAAAAAAAAGAAGAAAACACCAACGAACUCGAAUGCUCUUCGGUCUGUGACAAUUUUGUUGUUCCAGAAACUCCUGCAGCAGAAAGAAUCGUUCAAAGUACGAUUAUUCCUGCCACUCCAGAUCCCUCGUUCUAUAAAUCAGCAUCUGACACGAGCGAUUCUAUAAUCGCAAGUACACAGGAGGCAGUAGGUCGCAGCAACAAGUCUCCACAAUUUUUUUCACCCAAGAAAUCAACUCGUAAACCGGAUCAGAUUCCCAUGGAUUUGGAUGAGAGUGGCCAACAGGAUAUCUCAGGUUUGGAAACACAGACGAAUUUUUCCAUGGAAGAAUCCGAUGAAGAUAAUAUAUUCGAAAUGAUAACACAGCAAAGUAACAUCAACGAAGACGAAACGCAAAAGUUUGACGUGAUCUAUAACAGCGCAGUUAGGAACACGACCUUGGAACCACAGCCAGACUCCAUCAAUGAUAUGGAAACUCAGAAGUUGACCGUUGAAAGCACUGCAACUCUGGUUCAACCCUCUACCACAAACGAUAUCAAGUCUAAGAUUACCUCCUUUGAAAAAGUUACUGCAGUUGGAUGCAAUCCGGUAAACUCUGUUCAUCACCAGGAAACGCAAAAAUUUAAACCUACAAUCGCUCAGGAUGACGAUGACUCUGAAACAGACGAGGAAGGGAUGUUUGAUGACAGCGGGGGUGGAAUAGCCAAUAUGUUUGACGCACCGACGCAGCUCCUUGAGGUGCCCAGGAAGGCAAGCAAGGUGAGCAAAGUGAUUGAGGAAUCUGAUGACGAUGAAGAGCGUCAGGAGGCAGAAGUCAGUACGAAAACUCUGGGGCAAAGUGUCGAGGAAUCGGUUUUACCUCAGCCAAAAGGGGCCUGCAUAGAGGGCCAGGGUGCGGUUUUAACAGCGCCGCUUAAUGACAGUAUAGAGAGUAAGUUAAACAACAUGUUCGAUGAUGUAAAUGAAAGCUACGAUGAAGAACCGACGCAAAUGUUGACGCAGCACCUCGAGAGGAUUCUAGAUAAUACUCAAAUAGAGAAGAAGGAAGCGGGAAUCGAGGAGACCGCGGAAGGAGGUAAAGAAUCAGAAAAUGACGAUUCAGGACGCGACACGCCAGAAUUUGUAAUGCCACGCAUACUCAGUAGCCAGGAACUGUUCGCGGAUCUGCCGGCGGUCCAUAUACUAGGAACUUCAUCCGCGAGAGAAAAAAGAGAAGGGGUUAAUUCUCCCCCCUCUUUCCCGGUAUCAAAAAAAUUCAAUACUACGCCUAAAUCGAAGAGGACGAGGAAGUUUGCAUCCGGUAACCCCGAGGAUUUGGUUCAGAAUCAGCUCAAGCCAAUAGCCGAAGAGGAUGAACCGUUGACGCCGGUUAAACGUGCGAAGAUUGUUAAGGAGCAAAUAAAGUCAAGGAGAGUGGAGAAAAAAGCGCGGAAAAUCGUCAAGGGAGAAAUCCCAUUGAGUGAGUCAGAAAUGAGAGUUGAAGAAAUUCCGAACGGUACAGAGUCCAAUCAAGAUACUCUGAGAGUAACUGAGAAAGCGGGGCAAAGUGCACGAGGAAUUAGUGAGGAGCAAACGGCAUCCGGUAAACGGAAGACGAGGACCGAAAAAAUUCCAGGCAGUACAAAGGUCAGUCAAAAUACUUCAAGGGUCACGAAGAAAGAAAAACCAAAAACAUUAAAAGCUGGCGAUGGCGAGCCCGCAACAGUUAAAGGCAAUAACAAGACGACGUCAAAAGUCACCGACGAAGAGCAGCUGGUAUCCGUCGAUCAGAAUAGAGUUCAGAAAAGAUUGCCACCAAAGAAACGUGGCGUUCCGACGAUACCGAAGUCUCUACCGACCACGAUUGCGACAAAUUUAACACUGGUCGCAACAGCAGCAACAGUUGCGGUGGCUCUGCCGACACAAGGUAUAACGACGACACGCGUAUCUACCCAAUCGAAAUUACAAAACGAGGUGGUCAGUUCGUCUCCAACGAAUCGUCGAUCGCCUUCGCGAGCCAUGAUAAUAACGGACAGCUCAGAACCUGAGUCACCAACGCCGAGUUUAUCAUGUAACGGAAACGGAUCCGAAUCACGCUCGAAGAAAAGCCCCAGACUCGACACGAUUCGCGCUUCUUCCCGUCGCAAAAGCCAAACCAAUACCAAACCGACAUCUAUAGCCACAAGCACUCCGCGUAGAUCGCGAAAAAUACCUUUGGAAUUUCUUCCCGCUGAUAGCGACGGAGGCCUGGCUGUAUCGCCUGCAAAAAAAGCGAGGUCUUCAGUUCCCGAUGCAGUCCCAACUACCGAAACCUCUCCAAAAUCAGCCAAAGUUCCUUCCCCGCCAAACGCGUCCAUACCCCUCCUGCCGAAAGGGAGAAGGACGAGAUCCAAAAAAACGUCAUCAAGGAAUACCCCCGACCGGUUGAACCUUAUUGCUGCGAUGGAGGCGAAUGCGAAAUCAGAUUCGCCGGUUCAAUCGAGCCUGGAAUCUCAAGAAAUUCAGGCAAUUUUUAACAGAGUAGAGAAACCCUCUAACAUACAGAAAGAGGUGGGGAUUUGCCGAAGUGACAUAGCUGGAAAUGACCGUGGUGAGGAGACAAAUGACCCUAUAAUGCCCUCGAGAAAUUUCACAGGGUUUGCAAAGCCCGCCGACAAACCAGAGAAAAGAAAACGCGGUCGACCACGUCGGGCCGACGUAAUUGCGGACGAUGAUCGUGAGGAAAAAAUUUCCUCUGUUGAUAAUAAAAAAUCUGAUGACAAAACCGAGGCAAAAACUCCGCGGGGCAAGAGAGCCGUUAAAGUAUCGCCGAAGAAUAUUUCGCCAGUUCGCGACAAGAGAAGUCCGUCUACUCGGAAUGCGGAAAAAGAAAAUAUUGUCGAAAAAGCUACGCCUGCGAAGAGGGCAAAGAGAAAUGUGAACCGGGUAAAACGACAGGAAGAGGAAGAGGUUCAACCUUCUUCGCUAACCUCGCCGCUGCGAAGAGGAAGAAGUUCCAUAUCCACCCAAAUCGCGUCAUCGGUUAAAACAACGAAGCAUAAAGUUCUUUUCACUGGUGUAAACGACGCCCGACUGAUCGCCAUCGUUCAGAGUUUAGGUGGUACGGUAACGGAAAAACCAACCGACUGCACGGUCUUGGUAACGGACAAAGUACGCAGGACUUACAAAUUCCUAUGCGCGAUGGCCAUGGCCGUUCCAAUCGUACCGGUCGGUUGGCUAACGGAGAGCGAGAGCAUCGGCCACUUCCUGGACACCGCGGAUCACGUUCUUCAAGACCCCGUUGAGGAGGCCAAGUUCAAAUUCAACCUUCGCAGGAGUCUGGAAAACGCCGCGAACCACAAACUAUUGGAGGGAUACACGGUGGUUUUAACGCCGAACACUUCGCCUCCGCCGAAUGCCGAAAUGAAGGGCAUGAUUCAGGCGUGUGGAGGGAGGGCGUUGGCCCGUCCACCGCCAAAUUGGCCAGAACAAUCGUUGAUCAUUUCCAGGCAAGAGGACAUAAAAAAUGCGAAAAAAUUUUUAUCCAAAGCCCCGUCUUCCGUACACGUACUUUCCGUCGAAUUUAUUCUAACAGGAAUAUUGAGGCACGAACUCAACUUUGAGGAGCAUAAAUUAAAUGUAAUUUAGUUGUACGUUUUUUGUCAGUUAAAUUUUUGUUUGUUUUUUUUUCUUUUCUAUUUUUUACGUCGUUGUCUCUACUGGGUAGUAGAAAAAAAUCAUGUAUGUCUACGAUGCGUUAUAAAUUUUGUACUAAUCAUGUACCGCGAUUAAA